ACGCCGUCCUCAGUGCCGCCACCCCGCAUAACCCCCCCAUAGCAUGACCCCCCCCAAUAGAAUAGGGGGGCGGGGCCCCUUUAAUGAGGAGGGAUUGAGAUCCCCCCCUCCCCCGGCUGGGGUAGCUCCCCCAUUUCCCCUCCAUCGUCUUUUGUGGGUGGGGGGGAGCGAGCCCUCUCCCCUUCCUGGGCGGCCGCGCCGCAGCCUCGCCCUCGGCAGGGGGUGGCAGCCGCGCUUCCCGCACAUUCCUGCCCGGGCUCAUUGGGGGGGUGGUGCCGGCCCUGCUCCCCCCACCCCUUCCCACUGCCGUGAAGGCAUUUGGGAGGGGGGUUCCCGCCGUCCCGGUAGCUCUGCAGGGCCUCAUCAGGAGGAGCGGGGGCUGGAAGUUCACCUGGGCGCCCUGCAAAGGCCUUUUGUGUGCGAGGCUGCAGCCAGGUCGGCCCGGCCCGAGGUAGAGCCCGCUAUGCUGCGGAUAAUAACUCCGAGGAGGCCGGAUGGAGCCUGGUCAUGGCUUUCAGGCAAUUAGCGCAUCAAACAAAUACCAGAGCGCGCUACAGAGCGUUUAUUAAGUUGAAAAGCAGACUCGUUUUGUAUUAUUACAAAUCGUUUGAAUGGGAUCCUGCUUUCCCUUUGUCGAGAGACAUGGUUGGGGGGGAAAAAGAAAAAGAAAUGCUCUGUUUUUAGCAGAGAGACUUCGGGUGUUUGUUAUGGGAGGUGUUAUUUUCAAAUGUGUUUCAACUUCUGGCUUAAUUCAGAGAGGUUGUUAAUUGGACCGAUAUGUGAGGAGUAUCGCGAGUACAACUUUCACUCUCUGCUAAGCAGUUCUUUCAUGUUUAAUUUUGUUCUCUUCCACAUAGUCCCAUCUGUUUCUCAGCUAAAAUUUCUCAGCUGUUUCAGCUAGGAAGGCAAAUAGUGUGGAGUGACAGCCAUUUGCACUGCGCUGGAGGGGGGUAGGAACUGGCAGCAGUCACAGAAUUUUAAGGGGAAUUACGGAUUCGAUAAGGUGAAGCUGUAAAACAGAGUAGAUCAGUUGAUGCCCAAACAGUGUGAUGUGCCCCAGGUAUAGGGCAUGCCUAUGGGCACCCUCCCCAGUGGGCCUGGGCUUUAGGCUACCUCUCCAUAUAGUGCUCAUCCACUGUGGGAAAGAUAACCGUGGUUUGAGUGAAGCACCUUGCCUUCGUCUCGUUCCUUAACGUGACACAGAGGAGCAGACAGCCAUGCAGCAUCAUUUUAGCGCGGGAGCGAGAUGGAGCCAGUGUAGAUAAGCCCUACAGCACAAAAGAGGAAAAUGGCUUGCCAGGAGAGCUUGCAGAAGACAGCAAUCUGAAGGAAUGUGUUACUAAAGCAGUGCACAGUUCAAGUCAAAUUGGAGCUGGGGCACCGAGCCCAGCUGCGGAAGAAGCCCACAACUGAGGGGUUCACCCACGACUGGAUGGUGUUUGUGCGCGGCCCGGAGCAGUGUGACAUCCAGCACUUCGUGGAGAAGGUGGUCUUCAGGCUGCAUGAGAGCUUCCCGAAACCCAAGCGAGUGUGCAAGGAGCCCCCGUACAAAGUGGAGGAGUCUGGCUACGCAGGCUUCAUUAUGCCCAUUGAAGUGUACUUCAGAAAUAAGGAGGAGCCGAAAAAGGUUUGUUUCACAUAUGACCUGUUUUUAAACUUGGAGGGAAAUCCACCAGUGAACCACCUGCGUUGUGAGAAACUGACUUUCAACAACCCCACCAAGGAAUUCAGACGCAAACUUAUUAAGGCUGGAGGGGUGAUGGUAAUGCCAGAGGGAGCAGAAACUGUUUCAAGGCCAAGUCCCGAUUAUCCCAUGUUACCCACAAUACCACUCUCUGCCUUCUCUGAUCCCAAGAAGACCAAACCAUCCCAUGGGUCAAAGGAUGCCAACAAGGAAAGCAGCAAGGCAUCCAAGCCACACAAAGUAACCAAGGAGCACAGAGAGAGGCCAAGGAAAGACUCUGAGAGCAAAAACUCCUCCAAAGACCUUGAAAGAGAACAAAACAAACCUUUGAAGGACUCCUCCAGAAAACCAACAGAGAACAAACUGCCUAAGGAGGAGAAGGCACCUCCAAAAGCUGCUUUCAAGGAACCAAAACUGGCUGUGAAGGAGACCAAACUGGAGAACACCUCUCCAAAGGGUGGGCCACAGCCAGAGCUGAAGUCUUCCAGCAAGAGGCCUUCCAACGUGGAGUCACCAAAGCCCAGUGCCAAAAAACAAAAAAAGAGCAGCUCCAAAGGGGUAAAGAAUAUCCUGGGGACAUCUCCCAGAACCUCGUCUUCCUCGUAUCCAGAGAAGAAACAAACCAAGGAGAAGAUGAAUGCCAAAGUGGAAAAGGUAAAAUCUGAAAGCGAGGCCAAGGAGAUCAAAAAGCCUGUGGAAAUGGAGGAGUCAAAUUCAGAGGAUGAGAAUUCUUUCAAAUCAGAGUCUGUCCAGUCCAGCCCUUCCAACUCCAGCUCCAGCUCCGACUCCAGCUCUGACUCCGACUUUGAGCCAUCUCAGAACCACAGUCAAGGCCCGCUGCGCUCCAUGGUGGAGGAUCUGCAGUCAGAGGAGUCUGAUGAUGAUGACAGCUCCUCGGGGGAAGAGGCAGCAGUCAAAGCAAACCCUGUCAGCCGGGAUUCCAGACUGAGCCUUAGUGACAGUGACAGUGACAACAGUGCAGACUCCUGCCUGCCCAGUCGAGAGCCUCCCUCUGCUCAGAAGCUGCCCCCAGCAAAUAAUAAGGCGUCUGGAAGAAAAAGCCCGGAGUCUUGUAACAAACCAGAGAAGAUCUUGAAGAAGGGAACCUACGACAAGGCCUACACUGAUGAAUUAGUGGAGCUUCACAGGCGACUCAUGGCACUACGAGAGCGCAAUGUGCUGCAGCAGAUUGUAAAUCUCAUUGAGGAAACGGGGCAUUUUAACGUUACCAACACAACUUUUGACUUUGACCUCUUCUCCCUGGAUGAAACAACUGUUCGUAAGCUGCAGAGCUACCUGGAAGCAGUAGCAACAUGACCUCGGCCUUGGAAGCAGGCUGCUUUUGAAACCAGAAAUCCCCUUUAUUGGUACCAGGAAACGAACCCAUGGAACUAGGCCUUCUUAUUCUCUCGAUUCACCCGAAGCACUGCCUUAGAGAACAGCCAUGCUCUAUGAAUGCACAGCCAGCUGCACUUUCUUGUAGGCUUCAAACAAGCACCCAUAUUGCUGAGUCUGUCCUCCCUAGCUUCCUACGUCCGCUUGGGCACAGGUCCUGAGUAGAGCAAAAGAACGGCUGCGCCCAACUGCAGCGCGGCCCUUCUGGUUUUAUUCAAGAAACUGUUUGAAGAACAUUUUCAGGCACCUCUGAGACCUGAAGAAGUGCGGGCAAUGUUUUCCUCACCAAGUCUUUGGGACCAGCCUGCAGAGAGCUCCAGUCAGUCCGGUUUCCUUCAGCUCCGUGAAGAAGCAUUCGUGCCGCGUUGGCUUUUACAAAGCUCGCCGGGAGGCUGCUGGUGACAGAGGAGGUUCUGGGAGUCUCGUUGGUCCGUCGUGGAGGAAAGCAGACAGAUUCUGGUUUUGCUCACUCUGUGAGUUCUGUUGCAGUUGGGCACGGAGUGCUGCUGCCGUUCGGCUCGCGGUGGCUGCAGGGCUGUGCUCUGUUCCGGCUGCCUGCAGGGAUGGUUUGUGCUCCCUGAAGAGGCCCUCUCCAAUCUGCUGUGUCCCAUUGGGGUUUGGAGACGUCUUUGUUUGUUGACCUGAGCUCCUAAACAAAGUCUCACUCCUUUCAGUCUGCUUUAACUGUAAUAGGACUACAAAACUGUAAGCUGUAUAUUUUAUAUAUAUAUUAUAUAUAUGUAUGUACUGUAUGUAUAAGAAGGGCCUAGUUGGGUCUUAUGAUUUUAAGGGUGUGUUUUUCUGUUUUUUUUUUAAUGGCUAUGGCAGGGGAAGGGCGCUUAAUAAGAUUGACUUGUCUGUUAAAAUGCCUCUUGUGGACAAUUUUUAGUGUAUGAAAGCUGAACAGCAAUCUUCAAAGCGUUUUGUGCUCUGGAAGGGACUCACCUGUUGUCUUUUUCAUUUGUCAGUGUUGAAUAACUUUGCCAAAAUACGUGAUUGGUUUUGUUCUAUGUUCUCAAAGAGGAAUCUCCUACAGUGGCCCCUAUAGUAGUGGCUGUACUUUGGGAAAACCAAAACAAGGGAGAAUUUUAUCUUGGGACGCACCUGGAAAACACUGAUGUAACACCAAGUGAAAUCAGGUUCCUUUCCUCCUCCUUUCUCCCCCUCACACCCGUGCAAGAAGUGGCAGUAAACACUAACCCAGAACCAUUUGUGUAUUUCUAGUUAAACUAGACCUCCAGGUGUCGUUUGUGUUCUGUGUGGGUAUGGGGAAAGCCCUGUAGCUCUUAUCAAAGCUGUAUUACACUCCUGUUCCCUACAUUCAGUAUUUUUGGGGGAAGAAUUACUACUUUUUUUCCAAUCAGCAUUGUAAGCUUUUGCCAAAUGUUGGGUGGGCUGCUGGCAGUGAGGAGAGCAGCUCCUGAGGGGCCUCUGCUCUGUGCAGUGCUGUGCAGGGGCUGCGUGGCUCCAGGGUUUGCUGUCCCUUCUCAGUGAUGAAAUUGCAGUCCCUUGUUUUGGGUUCCCCCUUUCUUUAUCAUGGAAAUGUUGCAACUAAUCAACUGAAGUGGCAAUAUGAUGAUAAGCUUGUUUGAGUUGGGUCAUGUUGACCCGAUUCCCAUUAAUUUUGUCUUUGUACCAUCUUUCAUGUGUCUCGUGCGUGUGUAUAUACAUAUAUAUAAAAAGAAAAAUAAUCCAGCUCAUGCCAGGUGCGUUCCCUAUCACAGCAGUGAUCUCAGCUGUUUUCUUUCCCAAUGGACGAUGCCAAGCCUGGAUAGAAACCCUGUGUGCACAGUGAGAAGGUGGAGGACAGCAGGAAGAGGAGCUGCAGCUGCUGCUGAGAUGUGCUGCGGUGGAGGAUGGCAGAUGUGGCUCACGAGUGUCCAUGGAUUUGCUUUGGGUGUGGUGGGUAUUUUGAGCUCCUCCCGGUCCCCGUUGGGUCUGUGGCACAGAGGAAGCUGCUCCAGCCCCAACCUUGGCAGCACUCCCACCCUCAUGCAGGGUGGGUUUGUGACACUGCCAUCCCCCAAGCAGCAGAGCAGUGGUGACAGGCAGCCCAAGCCAAAGUGGUGAUGUUCUCCCAAGGCCUUUGCCUGCUCUCUCCACGAGGUCUCCUCCUCCCGCAGCUGUUGCAGCCGUGCUCUCCGUCCUGGCAGCAAUUUCUCCUGGCACUGUCAGUAUCUGAGUCGCCGUCCUGCCCCCAUCGCACACAGAUCUGUCGUCAUUGCUGCUGCCCACGGGGCCAAGAACACUGCAGUGGUGUUCCUGAGCCUGGCUGGAAGCACACGGGGCUUUUGCCCACAGCUGUGGCAUCAUCCUGCCCUGGAACCGACUUUAUUUGUGAAGUCUGACGAGCAUUGAUGGGAAUUUUGUUCGGUUUUUAUAAGAAGUAUUUUACACAUGGAUUUUUUUAGACUCUUUAUAAUCUCCUUGAAAACCCAAAAUAGGAUUGUUCCCCCAGCAAUAGUUUUCCUCCAUUGUGUGCACAUGCUGAUUUGUUACUAAAAGGUUUCUUGCAAGUACUUAGUUGUUCUACAGAGUUGUUGUUUUUUGGGGUAUGUGGUAGCGUUGGGGACCACAGGAGGAACGACUCUGCAAACAAAGGAUGGUCGAAUUUGGGCCUCAUCUUGUGUCCCCUCCUAGUUGCAUAUGGACGAGUUCCCUGUGUAGAUUCUCUAUAGGCUGGCUGAAUGCUGUUCUGGACAUGCCGUGUACAGGUAUUUGUGGAUAACGUGUUUGUUCUUGUGUCACUCUUGAGAGCAUGGAUGGAUUAUUGUUCAAUAGGAAGGAGGUGGCAGUGCUGCUGUCAGCAUUGCUUCAGGUCUUCGAGGAUGUGUAGUAGCAUUUGCAUUGUUUAAAAAAGGAAAAAAAUAUAUAUAUCCAAAAUUGACUUCUAGCCAUAACGGUUUUUCCAUGGAAAGUGGACAGAACUCGGUUACUUUUGUGUCCUUCACCUCGACCCUGAAGGCACGGAUAAGUGCUGAUCAGUCUGAAGGCUUUCAGAGUUGCUUUGAAUUGAAUGGCGUUGGAGGUUAAGAUCAGGACGCAGCUUUUCCUUUGUCCUUGGCCUUCGUAUUAAAGGGCAAAAGAGGGGUUAGGAGAAUUUUCCUGUUGUCUUGGUCUGGUAUGUAUUAAGCCUUGAGGCUUUGAUAACUGACAUUUACUAUUAAAAAAGAAAGAAAACAAAAGGCAGUAAGGCUGGCUGGCUCCCUGAGCGCCGGCUGAGGAGUAGCGGACGCGUUGGUGACAAGACUGGCUGUGCUGUGGUCAGGCUGAAUACGUGGAAGUGCAAUGACUGCCACCAGUUCUCAUAGUGCUGUGUGCUGUGCUAGCAUCAGAACUAGCAGAGAAAUGGAUGCAACAAUCCAGGAACAGUUUGUCAGAUCUCAGUAGUGUUUGAUGGUGAGAGGUUCCAACUCCUCUCCCGGAACUUGCCCCAUCUGUUCUCACACCUUCCACUGCACUGGAGCACAGUUGGAGCUCCUCUGUCCCACCCCAGGUUCACCUCAGUGCUACAGCCAUCCCACGUGGUACUUCUGAAAGAUGAGAACUGCUCGGUGUUGCUGUCAUGGGGGCACGAAAUAGCCAUCAAAAACUGAAGAGAUGAGUUUGCACUCCUAAAGAAAAAUGUAAGUACUUCAACUAGAUGAUUUUUAAUUGUAUUUCUGCCUAGAGGUAUUAAAUACCUUCUCACUUGAGGAUUUUCAGAGUUGUGUUGGGAAAUGAAUUCUGCUCUCAGCUGUAAGAAGUUCAGCUGGCCCAAGACUAACUUCAAGAUGAAAAAAUAAUCAUGUUUGUAAUACGUUACAGGAUUGUUUGUCCUGAAUUUUAAACCUUUUUGUUAAAUUUGUGGAACUACGGAGGAAUUUUCUAGAAAAAGUGAAAUAAAGUAAGAUGGAAAAGUACAACUUUCAGGGUUUUUUGUUCAUUGCAUUGCUUCUGCACGGCCACAUCCGUGGUUACCUCCAUGUUUUGAGUCAAAACACAGCAGCUGUGGUCUCAACCUUAGAACCAACCUUGUGCUUCUUGCAGCUCCUGAGUUGCUUCCACAGCUCCCAGGUGCUGCUGCUCCUGCUGGGGGCUGAGGGCCCAACUGAGCACAGUGGGGCAGAGCCUUCCUCCCCUGCAGGCUGUGAGCAGAGCCUGUUCCAGAGCUUAAUUCCAGUGCUGGGUGCUCUGCUGGGAGCACAUCCCCACACUUGCUAAUUACUAAGAACUGUUCCCAUGCAGUGGUGAUACGGAAGGGUUGAUUUGUACCUUUGUACCUCCGAGCUGAGCACUGUUGUACAAAAAUUACCAAAGCAUGAAGACACAAAGCACAGGGCAUUUAUUGGGCGUUGCUCUGAAAGCUGAGACAUUUCCAACUCACACAGCUGAGAAACGGUUGCACAAGAAGAGCAGCUGUUCCCAUAGUGCAGAACCACACUCCAUGCAGGCACUUUGGGCACCUCACUGAGCUGUUUGCUGUGGCGCUGAGCCCAAAUUAAAUAGUUUUAAACAUGAAACCUUCCCUGAGGUUCCCAGUUCUGAGUACUGCAAAUGUUCUCUCACCACUGCAGGAUUUGAUGUGAACCAGAACUGCAGGAACAGAACCAACAACGUGCAAGCAGCAGUUUGCUGGAGUUCUGCAUUAUUUAAUGGGGUUGUUGCUUUUUCCCUGUCUGCCACUUCCACUCAAAGCACACAACAGCAGCUCUGGGUGCUCCUGUUUUGUCCAGGGAAACAAGAGUCAGGACCAGCACACAACUUCUUCCACUUUCUUUUCAGAUUGAGGAUUUCUAGUUUGAAAUAAGCCAUUUUACAAACAGUCCUUCAUUUGCUGAGGGCAUCUGAAGGCCCUCCAGGCAGGGAUAGACAUGAACGAGCUUCACAGAACUACUGAGGAACUCAAGGAGCUGCUGUUCCCUGUGCUGUCUCCUCUAAACUUCUAUAUAUAUCAGCCACCACAGCCCCACAGCUCUGGAGUGGCACCUAAACAACGUUUCUAUGAUUGUAAGACUACAGACAGAGGUUACACAGGUGUACACAGCCUUUUCAAACAAUCUAGUCCAUGUAUACUACUUAAACAAUAUAAUUUAUGGUUUCCUUAUAACUCAAGAAGCUGAAACAGACUCCAAGUAUUGCACAAACCCACCCAGUGAACUCUAGGUUCCACACAGACUUGCCAGGGUGUGCAGUCACACAGCAUUGGCCUUACUUAACAGAUGAUGGUUUGUGGAUAAAAUGAUAUAAUUCCCAUGUCAGCAGCAUGCAAUUAAACAUGCACCGAGGAAAACAAAACAGACUGCUCUAAAAGGAACUCUGCCUUCCCUACACAGCAGGAAAAAGGCAGAUCCUGAUUGUUUUACAUUCAGCUUGGGAAAAGAAAACUUUGGUACAGACACGGUAAAUGCAUUGCCCUUAUUAAAAAAAAAAAAAAGUAAAAAUACAAAUCAGA